CGGACUAGUUGAGAAGAAGAAGAAGAAGACUUUUUUCUGCAACCCCUUCAAAAAUUUUCACCAUGCUUGUGUGACAAAAAAGCGCAAUUUUCCCACAGAUACUUGUGCAGUGCGUGCGUGAGUGUGUAAAAAAUGCGGCACUCAGUGCCGUGAAUGGUGUAACAUUGGAACAUUGGACACCUGAGCAGUGUUUAGUGGAACUGAGUGAUAAUCCUAUUGCCCCCAAAUGGUGUGCGACAUCGUCAGUGCGGCACUCCGCGAGUCACUUUCAUCCGCCAAGGCGGCGGAACGGGCUGACCGUAAUCUCCAGACGCAGCUCGUUAGUACGACAAAGCGAAUUUUUCUCACAAAAAUUGAAUACGAAGACGUGGACAGUACCCACAGCACUUGUGACGCCCUCAAAUCCAAAUAUAUUGUCUUCAAACCAACUUCCGGCAUUAUUUCCGGUACCACUGCUGAGGAUAAAAUGCCUGGUGUGUCAGCAGCCGGCUCCUGCUCGACACAAAAUGGCACAACUGCAGUGAAUGGCAGCAACAGCAAGGAUGCUCAGUUGCCAGCACCCAAACGUGUCCUUUUUUCCCGCGACAGCGUACAGGUGGGCUGGCGGGCGAGUGGACGAAAAUGGCAGGUGGGCGCCGGGUUGAUAAACAUGGGUAACACGUGCUACCUCAAUUCGACGCUGCAGGCUCUCUUCCACGUGCCCGCCAUUGCAAAUUGGCUCAUGGCCGACGAUGCGCACCGGGAAUCAUGCGAAGAUUCCGGCGGUGGGCAGGGUGGUUGUAUAAAUUGCGCAAUGGCCCGUACACUCAUCUCGUCGCAAACAAACCAAUCCCCCAUUAAGCCGUGGCUGAUUCACUCAAAACUCCGGCUGGUGUGUAAGCACUUCUUCCCGGGGCGUCAGGAGGAUGCGCAUGAGUUCCUGCGGUACCUCGUGGAGGCCAUGGAGAAGGCAUACCUGGCACGUGUGAAGAAUAGCCGUGAUUUGGAUCAGUACAGCAAGGAGACGACGCCUCUCAAUCAAAUUCUCGGUGGCUACCUACGGUCCACUGUGCGCUGCCUGGCGUGUGGGCACGUCUCGACGACGUUCCAGCACUUUGAGGAUCUCCUGUUGGACAUUAGGAAAGCCAAUACGGUGGAAGAGGCCCUCGGGGGGUACUUCGCGCGUGAACGUCUCGAGGAUAUGGGCUACAAAUGUGAGGCGUGCAAGAAGAAAACGUCCGCUACGAAGCAAUUCAGCCUCGAACGUGCCCCCGUGGCGUUGUGUAUUCAACUAAAACGCUUCUCCAUGGCCGGCACGAAGCUCAAUAAACACGUGGCUAUACGAUCAAAGCUCGAUCUAACCCCCUAUGCGUCAGGGCGUGCAUCUGGGGCGCCUCUUGUCUACCGUCUCGUUGCAAUGGUGACGCAUUUGGGUGCUUCGCAGAAUUGUGGGCACUACACGGCUAUUGGGCUGACGGAAACGGGCAAUUACUACCACUUUGACGAUAGCACGGUACGGCCAAUUAGCGUGCAGAAUGUCCUCCAGACAAAUGCCUACAUUAUCUUCUACGAACUGGAAGAUGGUGCCCCUGCAAAAGCCCAUCAACCACCACCCCCAAGUACAGCUACGAGCGCCAGUGCACGCGAAGAGGUGCGCAGCAAUGGGGAGAUGUCAAAUGGAAUCACCACAAAUGGGGCAAAAGACACAUCAUCCCCAAUGCGACACAUUGAGCAUCAGCCAGAGACAAAAUCUCCCUUCAUUGGACCCCUUUUGCCGGCUGAAGAGAAGACGCCGGAGAAGAAGGUAACCCUCAAUGGGGAUGCAAAUCAGAAGAUUACCUUCAGCAUUACACCACCGAGUAGUAGGGCGACAGUCCUUCAGGCACAGAGCACCAGCCCCGUAGCACGUCCCAUUUCCUCCAGUAAACUCGUCACAGUGGCAAAGAAGAUGACCUUCAAUGGUAGCUCAAAUGGUAUUGCAGCAGCUCCAAAGAGAUUCACUCCACUUAUCCUCACGAAUAAGAGCAACAAUUCAGCGGAUAAGGGCGCAGAGGGAAAGUCCGUGGAGCAGGCAAUGAUACCACCAGCGGCGAAAAAGAUGAAACUGCCGCCAUCGCUUCAGCCCAAACCCAAAAGUCUCGUCCCCUAUGAAUCGGACGAUGAGUCGAAUCCAUCGGAAAAUGAUGAACCAGUCAUACUGAAGACACCAACAGGUGUGUGGCAGGUUACACCAAUGGAUGACCCAAAUGUAGUCAAGAACAGCAUCCCAACAACAUCAUCCAAUGGGGCUGCAGCAGCUACUACACCAGUGCGGAAAGCAGCUCUCCCAGCACCUGAGAAUGGGGGAGGAAAUGAAAUUAUACGUAACACUGCCACAGUUAAUCAUUUGCUCAAGACAGGUGGGCAUCGAGGCUAUGGGGCAGCGAAUGUCUACUCGUGGAAUGGCCAAAAGACAUCCCUCGACAGAGAGGUGCAAGAGGACAAGAAGGAAGAGCGAAAGCGUGAAUUGGAGCAUCAAAUGGAGAAUGGUGACAUGGACAGGGGUAGGACGAAAAAGGUGAAGGUGCACCAUCCACCGGGGAAGGAUAAUCCGGGCUACAAUCCCUUCCAGGAGUACCAGAUGCGCAAUUGGACGUGGCUCAAUAAUGGUCGUCAGGGCUACCAGGGGCACAUCUACCGCCAAAAGUCCUACAGCAACAAUCACUACAACAACUACCGGGGCCAAGGAGGGGGUGGUGGUGGUGGUGGCUUCCGGGGGCGCCAUCGGGGUGUCUUUAAUAGCAAUUUCCGUUCCCACCAUGGCUACCGACGUGACAAAUGAGAGCAUUUACCGCCGAUGACGCAUGAAGCAGUGCGUGUGUUGUGUUCGCAAAUCAAUUAAUUGAAUGCUUUUAUCCCUGAAACGUGUAUUUCCGUGCGUGCGUGACACUUCAUGAGAGAUUCGCAAGCAGACAUUUAAAAGAAAAAAAAACAAUGAGACAUUUUAUUGUAGAAAAAAGACUAAUUGUGACGACGAUGCAAAGAGAGGCACAUUGAAUGUGAUGUGUGUGAGUGUUGAAGAAACAAUAGAAAAGAUUAGUGACUGCGUAGGUGGGCACAGGAUGAGCCGGAGACUGUGGUGUGUAUAUUUUGAAUAUAUAUACAACGUAUAAUGUUUUUAGGGUAUUUUUAUAUAUUUCAAAGCAAAAAAACAAAAAUUAGAACAUUGAGGGUGAGAGUGAGAGACAUAAAAAAAAAUGCAAAAAAAAAACUUUUACCUUAGACUGUAAUUCCAAAAUUUAUUGUAGUCGAUAAAUUCACAUUACAAGACACGAGAUAUUUUAAAAGAAUUGAAAUUAUACUACAUACAUGGGUUUUUAGGCAAAAAAAAUAAAAAAUAAAUAAAUUCUGAAUUAAUGUAUAGUAAAAAAAAAAUAAAGAAGGAAAACAAAGAUAUAAAAAAUCACUUUGAUUAAAAAAAAAAGUUUUAGCAAAAAAAAGGAUUUACGCACACACUUUUCCCAUUUGCAAAAAAACAAACUCUUUUAGGGUUUAAAAUGAGAGAGAGAGAGAGCUAUGAGAAAUCCUUCUGAUAAGCAAAAAUUCUUUGAAGAAUCACAGCUAAAAGGAAAACUUCUAAGUGAAAUAUAUAUCGAUAUAAAAAAAAGAUAUUUAUUAAAAAGAAAAUGCAGACUUGAGAGAAUAAAACUUACAAUUUAGUGACACAAAAA